AUGCCCGUGACCUUUGCCCUCUGGCUCCUCCUAAGCCAGGCCAGCGCGGACCCGUGUUACCACCCCGGGGGCCGCCCCCGCUUCUGCCUUCCACCCGUGACCCAGCUGGCUGGCAUGGCCGCCUCCUGUCCCCAGGCCUGUGGCCCCUCCCCAAGCGCGGAUCUCGGCCCACGGGCCCCCUGCAAUGGCAGUCUGACCCUGGGCCUGGGGGCCCCUUUCCUCCUGUCGUCCGUCAGCCUGCGCUUUUGCACCCCAGGACCCCCAGCCCUGGUCCUGUCUGCUGCCUGGGCCACCGGAGGGCCCUGGAGGUCACUGUGGCGCAGGCCCGCCUGGCCAGGGGCGUUGGGAGGGCCCGAGAGGGUGACUUUCAGGGUCCCAGCGGGCCCGAAGGCCAGCGUGGUGGCCAGUCACCUCCGCCUGGAGCUCGGGGGCCGUGGGGGGCUGGCAGCCGCAGGCGUGAGAGGCCGCUGCCAGUGCCACGGCCACGCGGCCCGCUGUGCUGCCCGCGACCGGCCGCCCCGCUGUCGCUGCCGCCACCACACCACCGGCCCAGGCUGUGAGAGCUGCCGGCCAUCCCACCGCGACUGGCCCUGGCGGCCUGCCACGCCUCGGCACCCUCACCCUUGCCUGCCCUGCUCCUGCAACCAGCACGCGCGACGCUGCAGGUUCAACUCUGAGCUGUUCAGGCUGUCGGGCGGCCGGAGCGGGGGCGUGUGUGAGCGGUGCCGCCACCACACAGCCGGCCGGCACUGCCAUUACUGCCAGCCAGGGUUCUGGAGGGACCCUGGCCAGCCCGUCAACAGCCGCAAGGCCUGCAGGCCCUGCCAGUGCCAUCCUAUUGGGGCGACAGGCGGUGCCUGCAACCAGACCAGUGGGCAGUGCUCCUGCAAGUUAGGGGUCACUGGCCUGACCUGCAACCGCUGUGGUCCUGGCUACCAGCAGAGCCGCUCCCCCAGGAUGCCCUGCCAGCGAAUCCCAGAGGCGACAACCACCCUUGCUACAACCCCUCAUGCUUACAGCUCGGACCCUCAGUGUCAAAACUAUUGCAAUACCUCGGACACCAGGAUACACAUGAGCCUUCGGAGGUACUGCCAGCAGGACUACGUGCUCCACGCGCAGGUGCUGGCGUCCGAGGCCGCAGACACGACAUGGCAGCGGCUGGCCGUGCGCGUGCUGGCUGUGUACAAGCAGCGAGCGAGGCCCGUGCGCCGUGGCAGCCAGGUCGCUUGGGUGCCCCGUGCCGAUCUGACGUGCGGAUGCUUGCGCCUGCGCCUCGCCAACCACUACCUGCUGCUGGGCAGCACGGCUGGCGGCCCAGAUCCUACACGCCUCGUCCUCGACCGCCACGGCCUCGCGCUGCCCUGGAGGCCACGCUGGGCCCGGCCGCUGAGGCGGCUGCAGCAGGAAGAGCGCGCCGGGGGGUGCCGCACCCUGCGGCCUUCGACCCCGAGCCCCGAACCCAGGCUCUAG